AUGACUGAGAGCUCGGAGACUCCUUUUCAUGAAGCAGAGUCGAUCAGGGCCGAAUCAGCAGCAGGUUCGAUAGAUCAUAGCGCCGAGCAAAACACCAACUACGAGGAGGGACGCAUCACUGUGAGUGUCCGCGUGCGGCCACUCAACUCACGCGAGACGAAGUUGAAUGCCGGGAGCUGUAUCGCUGCACUCGCAGCGUACAACACUCUCUACAUCCUGCCUCCUGGGGAAUCGGAGCAGGAGGUGGAUGCGCUGAUAGCCGUAAACCCGCAUCUGCGCGGUACCCGCCACCACCGCUUCACUUUUGAUCAUGUCUACCCAGUAAACGCCACUCAAGAGCAGGUGUACGAGCAGAUCGGGAGACCGGUAUUAAGGUCUAGCUUCUGCGGCUACCACACGUGCAUUUUCGCCUAUGGCCAGACGGGUAGUGGGAAGACCUACUGUAUGAUGGGGCCCGACGGCGGCACAUCCAUGGAUGACGCACCAGGCAUUAUACCGCGUCUGUGCCGUGAGGUGUUUCUCGAGAUGGAGAAGAGAAAGAUAGCGGCUGUGGCGAGCGAGGAGAAGGUAGACUUUAGUGUCUACGUCAGUUACCUGGAAAUCUACCGGGAGCGUGUACGUUCCCUCCUGAACGAGGUACACGAUGCCAGGAUGAUGGCAGGCAGCAGCGAGGAUCAUAGCUCCUCCUCGCCACAAACACUCUCGGCGUCUGUGCGUCGUCUCACCUUACUUCAGGCGAGUGACUCGGCGGACGCUGCACUGCGAGUGCGCGAGCAUCCCACCCUCGGUGUUUUUGUCGAAGGACUCGCCGAGAUGUCUGUGACGACGGAAGAGCAGGUGCUGCAGCUCAUGGCACGAGGAAAUCAGCGCCGGCACAUGGCAUCGACACGCAUGAACGAGACGUCGAGCCGCUCGCAUGCCAUUUUUACGCUUCAGUUGCUACAGAAGUGCACACGCGUCAUCUCGUCGGGUGAGGGCGGCGAUGGUGUCGCUGUUAUAGAGGCCACGUCCAUGACCGCGGCGACGACGACGAGACAACUGGGUGCCAAGAUCAACUUGGUGGAUCUUGCUGGCAGCGAGCGAGCCAAGGCGACCGGGGCUGAGGGCGAAACCCUUAAGGAGGGCGCACAGGUCAACAAGUCGCUCACAACACUCGGCAUUGUUAUCAACGCCUUAGCUGCGCAGUCCACCGCCACCGCCAGCAGCUCCACCAGGUCGUCGGCAAUGAAGUCUACUGCUGCAUCGAAGCGGCACAUACCCUAUCGUGACUCGACACUCACCUUUCUCUUGAAAGAGUCCCUGGGUGGCAACAGCAAAACGUUCAUGAUUGCCACCGUUAGCCCCAGCGCAGACAGCUACGACGAGUCGCUCAGCACGCUGAGGUAUGCAGAUCGGGCCAAGGCAAUCGUGAUGAAGGCGUUUGUGAAUGAAACAGCUGGUGACAAGCGAAUACGAGAGCUGGAGGAGGAGGUGACGCGGCUACGCGAGCAAAUUCGCUUGCUGCUCAACGCCGAAGCACAGCGCUCCUCCACUGUGAUGGCGACACUUGCAGCAGCGCCUGCCGUGCUUGCGGACAGCGAGUCAUCUCUUCAGCCCUCAACCGUGCGAGGCGGUGACGCUAACGCUGCCCUGGAUAACUCGACUAAUGAGGACAAGAUAGGAAGCUUGGAGUCGAGCAGAGCACAUUUCCAGGCAGCCGAUAUGGAGUCCAGAUCUGUCUUUGAUGGCGAUGCGGAGGUACAGGUGACGCACGCCGGCUUCAAAGUCCACGCGGAGGGGGCCGGAGGGAUGCCAGAGACAGUGUCACCAGUGGUGGAGAGUCCUGUUGAGUCCCGCACAGAGUUCGUUGCAGCGCUCGUUUCGGAGUUACGCCGUGCGGAGGAGAUGAUUCGACAAAUCUCCACUUCCGAGGCAGAGCGCAACGCGUACGUUACCCAGCUUGUGAAGCGCCGCGAGGAGCAGGAGGUGGUGCGGACUGCUGCAGCGGCAACAACGAAGGACGCCGCGACUAGUGCCGCCGGCUCAGUGACUGCAACGAUGCGAUUGUGUCGCGAGGACCCGUACCUGUUAAACAUGGACGGAGCAGGUGAUUGGGUUGUCGCACAUCUUGGGUACGGCGAGACGCUCGUGGGGGUGUUUCCGCCUAAAAGGCAUGACGAGGCUGGCACUGUAGCGUCGCCAUCCGAUGCGACGGGUAAGGAAGGUGAUGGGGUAGACAGUCAGUCGGCGUCGUUUGACUCAUCCCUUGUGUUGCCAUCGCAUCAUGCUGACUCUGACACCGAUGCAAAUGAGGCGACCUCCAAUGAAGAUACCGGCGCGCGAUAUGUACGGCUGCCGAGGGAGUUCAGCGAUGGUGUUGGUGGACCGCACUGCAUCCUUGAGCGCAUCAAGGCGACCGACACUGCCGCGACGACCACCUCCACAACGACGCUGAGGGGCUGUGCAGGGUGCGACACGUACGUUAUGCGCCCCAUGUACCAAAGACUGUUUGUCGUCAAGGACGGUGACACACUCCUCCUGCAGAGCGGAGAUGUGCUGGAUAUGGGCGCCACCCACAUCCAGCUCAAGUACAUGGACCCUGCAGAGCCCCCAGUGGCUGCACGUGGACGACGAACCGUUUGCACGGAAAAGGCAGCGUACGGCGACAGUGGAGACCCGAGUGUCGAUUGGGCGGAGAGCGAUCGUGGCAUGGGCUCGGCGGCAGCUUCCCGUGGAUCAGCAGACUGCACGCAAAAGGAAGCGCUGAAGUCGCUACAAGUUUUUACCAACACCUCUGAGGGGCAAUCGAAUGAGGUGGGCGCCCAUGAGGAGCUGCACGUGGAAGAUGGUGCGCCUGGAGACGGCUAUGAGCUUGAGGGCCAUAAUGUGAGAGCGGCGUUGCCGGUCCACAAGGAUUCCCCACAAUCGGCCUGCGGCGACGAGGACGAGUGUGCGAGUUCCGCUGGCAAGGAAAAACCCAAUCAGGAGGCCUUUGGCGGGCGACAAAACAGUCCUACGGCUGGCAUUAGCACCGCACUGGCGGCACUGCAGCCACCGUCUAGACCUUUCAUUCCUAUCCUAGCUCUGGGCAAGGCGCUCCCAGCGAACCGGUUAUCAACACCCUCACUCCAGCAGCAUCCCUCAGCGUCUGGAGUGCUACUCGAUGCCACCCGUACCGACGCUGAAGGCGCGUCAACUUCUGUGGCACUCUCAGACUCGGCCGACCACUCGACUGUGUGCCCUUUGGUGGAGGAGGGCAUUAAGGCGCUCCACCUCUCGGCCCCUUUUCAAAGCCAGCCACCGCCGGCCGCCGCUUCAGUUGUGAGGACGCGAGCGCCGAUCAAGCGAGACCCGCAGACGGUGCACCUGAACCCCAAAUCUGCGUUGCCCUUGUUGGAUUUGCAGUCGAUGCGCACUCACCUCUUGUCGAACGCGUACCGCAGCGAGCCCCCGCCACGCUUUGUGGGUCGCUACAAUCUCGUCCUCCUUGGUCCUUCUGGCAGCGGCAAGAGUAGCCUUGUGCGGAAUUUGCAGACGCAGAGCGCGUCAUGGCUGCAGUCUGCCUUCUCCACAUUAAUGAGCAGUGGGCUCGCCUACGCCGGCGUCAAUGCCGGCAGCAAUUCAUCCACCUCAGAAGAGGCACAUGCCACGAUCGGCAUUCACACCACCACGCUGACCACCACCGGCACGACACCGAUGAGUCUUCACAUGCAUGAGCUUGGCGGAACUCCAUGCUUCAGCCCGCUGCUGGACCAACUGCCAUCCCACCGGGUGGUGUACUUGUUGUGCUUCCCGCUGCAUGGUGGGCCGUCGCUCAUGGCCUUGCGCGGCUUUGUCGAGGAUAUUUUGUGCCGCACGGACAGUUAUACGGUGUCGUUGGUGCUGGUUGGCACACACGCGCACCAGAGCAGCGCCGCCGGUGGCAAGAGCGGCAGCAGCCGCAGCUUCUUCUCUCGCCGUCUUUCCACCACGCAGCAGACGAUACUGCAAACUCAGAUGGAGGAGGUGGAGCUGCAGGUGGUGAGCCUGAUCCAGAUGUUGCAGCCGUAUCCGCAGCUUCGACCGACCGUGGUGGGCCGAUUCGCGGUUGACAACGUGCACCGCCAAGUGUACGCGACUGGGUAUCGGGCGGUGGAGACGUUUUCUGACUGGUUGCAGUGGCUUGUAGACCUGGCGCGCGACCGUUGCCGGGCGGAUGUGGAUUUCGCCGGCGGACUCGUGCCCGCACGGUGCAUGGAGCUCGGUCGCCAGGUGGGUCUUCUGCGAGAAUGUGGGAGGUGGUGCCUCUCUCUGCGCGACUUCAAGGCGCUGGCAAUGGCUGUCAGCACGCAGUACGACGCUGUCGAAGCCACGGACUCCUCCCUCGCGAGAGACACCCUGCGCCACCACGUGCAUCUGCUCUCCGACUGGGGCGUGCUGGCGCACCGCUUUCGAAGCACACCACUACGGGAGCACGUGAUUCUUGAUGUUCUGUGGCUGUGCCGUGUGCUGACAACGCUGGCGUGUGGCGUGCUGGUCGCCGAAGCGGAGCCUAACGGGCUCAGUAGAGAGGAUUCCGCGACGAUGGUUGCUGCCACGGUCCAGGGAAGGAGGGCGCCCCUGACUGGAAGAGAGGCGGCACUACGCCCUUUGCUCACCCCAGAGGCGCAGCGUAUCAUUGCCGCAGUGAAAGUGGCGACUAUGGAGACGGCGCAGCUACUUCGCUACGGUGUCUUGUCGCUGCCAGUGCUCGUGACCAUGCUUGAGCUCCAUUUCAAACCAUGCGACGGUGAAGAAGCUGUCGGCAGCAGCGGCGGCGACCUGGGGAUAGGCAAGGGUGCCCUGAGGAGAGCAGACAACAUCGCCGUCGCUGGCCGAGACCCAUCUUUGACCGACACGUGCUACAGCGUACCGCUGGCGGGUGUACUCGAACUCCUGGUGCUGUGCGACCUUAUCAUUCUGGGGCAUAAGCUGCUGUUCAGCCCAUCUGGCACGACGGUACGCGCUGCUACACCUCCCCCUCAGGAUUUUGUGAGGGGAUCACGGAGUCUACCCGUGUCUGCCGCCUCGCAACAGCAAGGAGGCGCUGUGCAUGGGAACGACGACGGCAACCAGGACGACAUAGACCUGGAGACAGAGAGCUUUGUUGUGUACCCGCUCAGUUGCCACACCCCCGCAUCUGCUGGAGUCACGGGGCUUUUCCCGUGCUUCCUCUCCGGUCCGUUCUACAUGUUCACGCUGGGCAUGGUGCCGCGCAACUUCUUCCCGAAGCUCAUAUGCCGCCUGGCCACGGUCUCGGCGAAGAUCUACCUCGGUCCAGUGCAGUCGGAGAUCUGGGAUAGACCGAUGCAGCGGUGGAAGACAGACGUGGGGCGUGGUCGAAGUGUUAUUAGAGGGCAGCUGUCGGUCGCGCAUGGCCCCUUUGACUCCUACGUUGCGGAAUGCGCUCAUAAGUCGUUUGCGCUGCCUCGAUUCUCAACGUAUUUCAUUCAGACCUCCGCCGAAGGCUCACUGCGACUGCGGGAUGGACUGUGGUUUAACGCGGCGUGGUUGGUGUACAAGGACGAGGAGCAGAGCGAUGACUGCGAAGACGACAACUGCCGCGUGCUUGUGCGGCUGGUACACCACAGUGUGUUCCUGUCCUUCCACUGUCAUCAGGCGGCCUCGUCGUGGGGCACGAGUAGCAGUGGUGCUAGCCGUGGUGUUCAGGACUUUUACGAAGCUGUUCUCGAAUCUGUCCGUCACGUUGUGGAGGAGUUUCCUGGAUGCAAGUGCAGCGAGCUCAUACAGAGCUGUGAGGACCCUGCGACAUUGCUUGAGAUGGAGCUGAAGCACCCCGCAGCUCAGUCUGAUCAAGAGGCAGCGGGGUUGGAUCGCCACAUGCAUUUUACCAGCAUCAGCGAUAACCUCAACAGCUUGGAGCGCGUGCUUGCCAGGAGCGAUCGGGCACUGCGGACUGCCCGCACCGCCCGCCACUCUCAGACAUCGUCUUCAAAAGCUGGAGAGGAUGAGAGUGCCUACGUGCCGCUGCUGCGCAAUUUCAGCACUACGUGCCCGCUUGAAAUUACCGAGUGCAUUCGGCGCUGGAAGACAGAACAGCGCUUCUACAUCUCCGCUGAGGUGGAGUCACAGCUGGUGUGUGUACUGCAGGAGUUGGGCGCUUGCUACCAGCGGCGGGCAUCAUCCACUGUUAACAGCUGUUCAGUGCUCGAUCGCUUGCUGGAUGUGCUGGCUCGCAUCGACACGGCGUGA